AUCCUGGCAGCUGAUUGGCCGCCGCCUUAUUCCAUACCUGCAGCCGCAGGUAGUAACUCCUCACUCCAGCAGCAAAGGCGGGGGGCAAAACGGGCUUGGACUUAAUCCUCUCGCUUCUUUCAGGGAUUGUUUGCAAUGGCAGCGAGCGCAGGGCCGGUCAUGAAUCCGCCGCAGCAGCAGCAGCAGCAAGCGGCCGAAGAGCGAGUGGUUUUCACGCAGCUUAAACCGGUGAGGAUGUCCGGAGCUGACGGCGCGGAGGAGGCAUCCGUGUUUGAGGACGUUAAACCCGGGGCCCAGUUGGAGAUGGACAAAUACCUCCCUCAGAUCACCAGCUCCCUCUUGAGUCCCGCCAUUGACCCCGACGACAAGAAGUACAGGCGGGACAGCGCCUCCGUGGUGGACGAGUAUUUCUCCGAGGACAAACACGGCGCACCGUACAGCCUCAACAUCAACGUCAUCCUGCCCAGCACCACUCACCUGCGCACGGGCCUCUACCGCCACAACACUAAGACCCUCGCCCCGCAUCAGAUCAAAACGGAACCUGGACUGGAGGUGCCCUGCUCCUCCGUCAACUCUGCCAUCCUGCAGGCCCUGCCGGACUUCACCUCCGUGUUCAGCGUGCCGCCUGUCGUCAACAGCGUUUUCAUCAAACCGGACUUGAGCUCUGGUGGAGUCACAAUGUCGUCCACAGGGUCACAGCCGCAGCAACAUUUGGACACAGAGCUUCAAAUCGGACCCCAGGCCCCUCAGCCGCAAGUCUACCAUAUGCCCAUCAGCAGUGGUGCUGACCUCACAAUGACUUUGUCACACUCUGGACCCUCAGCUUCUAGAACCAUGCUGAACCUGGGCAGUGGCGGCUACAUGCUGGCCGAGCACCAGCUGGCGCACCAACACACUUACUACCAGGCCUCGACGGCUGCCGCCGCGUCCCAUCACACGGGCCCCCACAGCCUGCCACCUUCUCCCCCAAAUUCACAGCCGGGAAGUCCUGAGGGUCAAGCGGAGCUAUUGAGCCUGGCCUGCCAACCGCCUCCUCCGUACCAGCACCAUCUGAGCGGUAUCAAAGUGCCGGGUUUGUCCCAUCACGCCCUGCUGAUGACUCACGGCCAGGGCGUCCUAACGGGGCCCAAAUACAACAGGCGGAACAACCCGGAACUGGAGAAGAGGAGGAUUCAUUUCUGUGACUACCCAGGGUGCACCAAAGUUUACACAAAGAGCUCGCAUCUGAAGGCUCAUCAGAGGACGCACACAGGUGAGAAGCCUUACCGCUGCACGUGGGACAACUGCGACUGGCGCUUCGCCCGCUCGGACGAGCUGACGCGACACUACCGGAAACACACGGGCGCCAAACCCUUCAAAUGUGUCGCCUGCAGCCGCUGCUUCUCCCGCUCCGACCACCUGGCGCUGCACAUGAAGCGGCACCAGAACUAACUCAAAAGUGUCAACAGAGAGACUCGAGUCGUUCGCCUGCAUCCCACAAACCACUUCCUGUUGCUGCGACGAGGGAGCGAGAGAGCCGUCUUCAUGACCUCCCGGUGAGUCCCGUCCCCGUAACGUCCGCCUCACAAAACCGGAAGAUAAAACAUUAUAACCGACGGAGGGAAACCACGACGAUGGACCGACUGGAGUGCAACAACCUGCUACAUUACGCUCCAUUUCAUGUAUUCGGGAGAAAAAAAAUCGGAAAAAUUUCAUGUUCAUUUUUUUAAACAAUUUCAUCACUUUUUAGCUCAUUUUCUUAGCACACUUUUGCGCACAAGUUCGUUAAACGUGUUUAUUUUAAGUAGCGCUAACUAACAAACGACCAAAAAAGAAGGAAAGCUUCCUCGGAAGAGUUGAUUGAGUCUUACAAAAACCCGAAAUAGGAUAAUAUUUCAUUUUUUGAUAGCAAUAUUUGUCAUUUUUAGGGCUGCAACAACUAAUCGAUUAAAAUCGAUUAUAAAAAUAGUUGCCGAUUAAUUUAGUCAUCGAUUCAUUGGAUCUAUGCUAUGCGCAGAGGCUACUUUUUUUUUAUUUUUUUUUUAUAAACCUUUAUUUAUAAACUGCAACAUUUACAAACAGCUGAGAAACAAUAAUCAAAAUAAGUAUGGUGCCAUUAUGCUUUUUUUCAAUAAAAUACUGGAAAGGAUAGAAAUGUACUUUGUCUCUUUUAUCCGAUUAUUAAUCGAUUAAUCGAAGUAAUAAUCGACAGAUUAAUCGAUUAUCAAAUUAGUUGUUAGUUGCAGCCCUAGUGGUUUUUAACAUUUUGUUAUAUCUAGCAAAUGAUGUUAUGUAUGAACAGCCUUAAUAAGUAAUGUAUUGCUCAAUUUUUACAGAUUUGGGCUAAAGCAAACAAACGCGAACAAUUUUGCUGUCAAUGCUAUUUGCUAACAACGUGAUGGCACACAAGCGCACUUAAAAUCAUCUCGAAUUUAGACUUUUUUUUGGGGCUCGUUUAAUGAAAAAGGUCCAAAAAUGAACUUUGAAGUAAUCUUCAGAUUAAAUUGUUACGCAUGUUUUUGAUUGUCUUUCCAGAAAAAUUCACCACAAUAAAUGUUAUUUUUACUCGUGCUAACAAACGAUAAAAAAAAACAGUAAAUAACUUUUUUGGCAAAUCUAAUACAGCACCCAAAUUUUUCUUAGCUACCACAUGCUAAUGAUCAAUAUGCUAAUCGCGGAAAAAAAUUAACACGAGUAUUCGAAUUUGCAAUUGUGGUGUUUGGUAGUUUUGACUGAUCAAAGAAUUGCACAAACCUUCCACCAAAAUGUUGUUAGAUAACAGACGCGUAAUUAUGAGUAACUUACGACAAAAAAAAAUGCUACGCUAAGACCUCAAAGUGACAAUCUGCUUUCUUUGCUACGACGUACGGAAGGAAGCAAUCACCUAAAACUUAGCUAAUGUUAGCUAAGUCUUUGUCCAUUAGCACUAACAACGUAAACUAACGCGCUAAAUCGGAAGGUUGACGUCAUUUUGGACUCUUAACAUCCCGUAAUCGUCUUUCACAACAUGGAGCGUUUUUUCCGCUUGCGGACAGGUGGACGCCUCGCCCUCUUGUAAAUAAUGUUUAUAUAUCUAUUUUAUCUACGUACGCGUGUCUGCGAAAACAACGAAUGUAUUUCGACUUCUCCUCGGUGUUGAUAUGACUUCACUAAAAAAAAAAAACACAAAAUUACAUAAUCUGCGAAAGUAAUGGGACAGCUAUGCCAGAGAGCUGAGUCAUCAGCCAAUGUUUUGCUUUGUUUGUUUCCAUAGCGACCUUUGCUGCUCAUUACUUUUUACUGUCACAUAUUUAUACAAUAACGUCACCCAUUGGCCGCGAAAGAAAACUUGAAAUAAAAGAAUAUGAUUUGAAAAAAUAUUACCAGAAGUUCCUUUAUUUUUUACAAUUACUUAUAGGAUAUUUCUGAUAUUUCCUUCUGAAUGCACUAAACUUAAAUUGUCUUUUAUUUCAACACUCGUCAUUCCUGUUGUUGGUUGUUUUUUUCCAAAAGGAUUCAAGUUCUCGGAGCGCAGUGUGUACAUAAGUCUUUGUAAAUAUUUUCUUUGGUUUUGAAUGUCUUCUUAUCUGGAUUUUUAAUAUUGUGUGUUUUUUGUAACUAAUGGGAUUUUAGAUUGAAUUUUUGUUUUUGGACCAUUUUUUCCCUGUUUGAACUAAAAUGACGCAAUGAGAUAAUAAAAUGUGUGCGAUAAUGCAGA